AUGUCUUGUUAUGUGUUUUCGAAUUUCAUUGUAACUGUCGGUAUGCUCGCUCCAGGUUUAGGUGCCUCUGGUACAUUGUUUUGGCAGAUUACCAACCAGACAUUGAAUGUUGCCAUCAACUUUUCAAAUGCAAACAAGUCGAAUUCAAUUUCUAGAAGAGAUUUGAUGAAAUCUUAUCUCCUAGCUGUCUCGGCCUCAUGCUCCGUCGCACUCGGUCUCCGUUCUCUUGUCCCAAGGCUCAAGUCGCUUUCCCCCAGCACACGUACGAUUUUGUCCCGCCUAGUGCCCUUCAGCGCAGUUGCCAGUGCGAGUGCCCUAAAUGUCGUUCUUAUGCGUUAUGGAGAGAUUCGUGAUGGAAUUGAUGUCUUCCCGGCCAGACCUGCUACACAUGACAACUUGACACCAAACGAUGAACAGAGGGACAAACGAGAGACCCUAGGCAAAAGCCGAAAAGCUGCUGCUAUCGCUGUUGCGGAAACUGCGGUUAGCCGUGUGAUAAAUUGCACUCCAAUUAUGGCCAUGACACCACUGAUCUACUAUCGGCUGCAGGGCACCAAGUUCCUGCGGGCACAUCCCUCCAUCGCUUGGCCUGUUAAUCUAGCGCUCAUCUAUUUCACUUCCAUCAUCACUCUGCCUUUCUCGCUUGGUGUAUUUCCCCAGCGUCAGUCGAUUAGUAUCGAUCGCCUGGAAGAAAGGUUUCGAGAAGCACAUCCACACACUAAGAUAGUGGAGUUUAACCGGGGAAUGUAA